CCAUUUGUUUACUUCGUUGUUACACCAUUUCUCCCAUAAAGUUGAGGUCGGCUCUCUAUGUUUAUGCAUAUUUCUUCUAGAAUGUUUAUGCCGAUUCCCUCUCUGUUACAGUUGUAGUUAAUACGGACAUAUUUUGAAACGAAUUGCUGAUUACGAGGUAAUUCAUUCUGAAGAAUUUGUGCAGUUACUUUGGAUUUCUAAAAGUAAUUGCACUAAUCGGGUGUGAAGAUAAUGGAAGAUGUUGGGACUGAUACUGCUGCUCCAGAGUCACCAUUAGCAAAGUGGAGAAAUGAAUUUUCGAGGAAGUUUCAGUUUUAUUUGGAUAGGUCCGGUCCCCAUAUGGCUCGUAGGUGGCUUGUUACACUUGCUGCAGCAGCAAUAUACAUCUUGCGUGUUUAUUAUGCUCAGGGGUUUUAUGUCAUCUCAUAUGGCCUGUCAAUCUACAUCUUGAAUUUGUUGAUCGGGUUUAUGUCACCCAAGGUUGAUCCUGAGCUAGAAAUGCUGGAUGGGCCUUCUUCGCCUACUAGAGACUCUGAGGAGUUCAGGCCCUUUGUCCGUCGCCUUCCUGAGUUUUUGUUCUGGUAUGCAAUCACAAAAGCUUGUUGUGUUGCCUUCCUCUUAACCUUCUUCUCCAUGUUCGACGUCCCAGUGUUCUGGCCCAUUUUGUUCUUUUACUGGUUUUUCCUUUUCUUCCUCACAAUGAAGAGGCUAAUCACUCAUAUGAUCAAGUACAGAUAUCUCCCAUUCAGCUGGGGAAAGCAGAGGUACACUGGGAAAAGGCCUGCUCAAACUCAAAGCACCCGUGGUCUGUCAAAGGACUGAGUUCAUGUGCAGAAUCUGUACCAAUGGAAUUAUAGGUGAUAACAUUUUACUUGAAACAUGUACUUCUUAUAAAGUUAACUUGAUAGACAGUAACGAAUAAAUUAAGAUCGCUUGUAAUUAUCGUAAUUAAUCUCUUUUUUUUUUCGUUGUAAGAUGUAAGAUGUAAGAUGAGUAUAUUGUUAAUGUCGAGAUAGUCAGUUUUACCAUAAGCAACACGAAAUUCCAGAAAUUCGUGUUUGGUCUGCUGAUAA